CAUCUGUAUUCUCAUGACGGCACCAACAGCAGAAACCGAGGCUCCUAAACAAGGUGGCUACAUUUACCCAGGUAGAAAGACUGAGAUUAGAACCCGAUCAUAACUAAUAUUUACUGAGCUCCUUGUCCAUGCCAGCACUGUGCUCAGUCCUUGGGGUCAUGUGGUGAAGGACAGCAAUGACAUGGUCUCUGGCCCCAGAAACUUUGCAGCUUGUGCAGGAGAGGACGUGGAACAUGCGAGGACAUUAACAUGUACCGUGCCAUCAAGUAAACGAUCCCACAACAUUCACUUCGCUCUCUGCUUCCCAGGUUUACUUUGACGUCAUGGAUCGCUUUACAGGAAAGCUCUUGGAUAAUUCCUUGAUUUUCAACAUUAGGAUCCGUGAUGUGAAUGAUCACGCACCCCAGUUUCCUGAGAAGGAAUUCAACAUCAGUGUGAAGGAGAACCACAUGGCAGGUCAACCUAUCUUCAAGAUGUUAACAGUUGAUGUGGAUGAAGAAAAUACCCCAAACUCUCAAGUCCUUUACUUCCUUAUUUCUCAAACGCCAUCACUGAAAGAAAGCGGCUUCCAGAUUGACCGGCUUAGCGGAGAAAUGCAGCUGUCAGGAUGCUUAGAUUAUGAGACUGCUCCGCGGUUUACUCUGCUUGUUGGAGCGAAGGAUUUGGGAGAACCUCCCUUGACGUCCACGGCCACAGUUCACGUGAACGUGCAAGAAGGCAACAACCACCGGCCCACGUUCACCCGGGAGAACUACAGGAUUCAGGUUUCCGAAGGCCGCACAAGCCCGAGUGUGUUACGUCUCCCGGUCCGAGAUGGGGACUUGCCGUUUACGUCAGCCUGGAGAGUAAGAUUUCACAUACUGAAUGGCAACGAAGAAGGACAUUUUGACAUUCUGACUGACCCCGAGACCAAUGAAGGGAUUUUAAAUGUGAUCAAGCCCUUGGAUUAUGAAACGCGCCCUGCACGAAGCCUCGUCAUCGCCGUGGAGAACGAGGAGCUGCUCUUCCCCUGCGAGGGGGGCCGGGUCCGGGGGCCAGGGGGGGUGGCGGCCAGCGCCACUGUGAGCGUGCAGGUGAUGGACGCCAACGACCCGCCAGCCUUUCACCCCAGGAGCUUUGUCGUCAGCGAGGUUGACGGCGCCGGGCCUGGAAUUCAGCUGGGAGUUUUCAAUGCUACAGAUCCAGACAGAGCGGCCGGCCCGGUAAGAUACAAACUGGCUUACGACCCGGCCAGUUGGGUGACCGUUGAUGAGCUCUCAGGGACAGUUACCACCACGCAGCAAAUGGACCGAGAAUCCCCUUACGUAAAUCACAGCUUUUACACAAUCAUCGUGCAGGCUGUUGACGAUGGCCUCCCGCCACAGACCGGGACGGGGACCCUGAUGCUUUUCCUGUCUGACGUCAACGACAACGCCCCUGCUCUCCAUCCCCGUUCUCAAUACAUGGAGGUCUGUGAGUCUGCGCUGAGUGAGACCCUCCUUCUCCAGGCCGAGGAUGCCGACCUGGAGCCCUAUGCUGACCCUUUUACGUUUGAAUUGGACAAUUCGUGGGAAAGUGCAGGAGACACAUGGAAGCUGGGGGAAAGUCGGGGUCGGUCCGUGGAACUUUUAAUGUUGACAAGCCUCCCGCCCGGUAAUUACUCAGUGCCACUGUUCAUCAGAGACAAACAGGGACUUUCCCAGAAGCAGACUGUCCACGUAAGGGUCUGUUCCUGUCCCGGCGGAGGCACGUGUGUGGAGCCCUCAGUCGUGGUCACAGGAACUGGACUCCUCAUGGGUGCCCUGGCCCCUACCUGUGCUGCGCUUGUGAUGCUGGCAGCCACUCUGCUGUGCCUGCUGCGAUGCUGUUUUGUGUCCGAAGUCAGGCCCGGAAGCUCCGAGGAAGGCCAGCAGACUCUGAUCAUGUAUAACGACGAGAGCAAACCCAUUUCAACGCAGGGAAGGCCAGAUAUCAUGGACCAGGUGCCAGUCCUGGUGCUCGACGCAGCUGGGGCCGGGGCCGAGCUGGGCACUAAGGGUUGUGACAUGCUUUUCGAGCCAAGAGGAGUGAGAAACAAGUAUUCUACUCUUGUUUUCCAGGACACUGUGGUGCCCAGACAAUGCCUGGACGCGAGGGCCUGGAAGGUGGUGGAAACCCUGAGUCAGAAGCUCCGUGGUCUGGACGCGCUCGCAGGUGACACUGGGGAGCCGCCACACAUCUACGCAGAGGAGGGAGAGUGUGAAGGAGCAGAAAGCCUCAGCUCUCUUGCCUUCUCAGAGCCCGACCAGGACCCCUGGGCUUCACAGGCUGCUGCACGUGAGGAAAUGCAUUCUAAGUCAGGCGGUCCUUCCUAAAAAAGCAUAUUUUGGGGAAGUGGACUAAUUCGUGGAAGGUUAUCACUGUUCAAGGGCCUUCUUCUCCCCCACCCUCCUCUGCCUCCUUCUUAAAUCCCUCCCCGCCCUAACACAAGGGCCUGGAUUAAAUGCUCUGAUAUUUUCAGAGCAGACGUCUUGAAUCAAAGCAAAACAUUAGGUCAUGCUUUUUUUUUUAAAUGUGAAUUUGUAGAGAAAUCUUAAUUUAAUUGUGUAAUACUUUGUUUCUAUUAGCAGCCCUGCUCUGAGGGGAAAUAAAAUGAUAACUUAUAGAUUACACAGCAAUUUGGUAAUACUGGGGAAAAUGAAAAUGGAUUGCUUUUAGUAAUUAUGUACAUUUCUGUAAUUAUGAUUCUGCUUCAGUUUAAGAAAAUAGAUGCAUAGGCAAAUGUCUUUUGUAAUAUUUGUGAUCAGUUUUU